AUGUGGAUUUACUAGAAAAGACUGACUAUCUAAAAGAGAAGAUUAUCAGUUGCAAUUGCAUUUAUUGGUAAUUCUAAACUUAUCUAUUUGGAUGAACCUACUUCAGGAAUGGAUACGAGUGCUAGAAGAUACAUUUGGGAAAUGCUUAAGAAUUACAAAGAGGAUAGAAUCAUUGUAUUGACAACUCAUUUUAUGGAUGAGGCUGACUUUCUAGGUGAUAGAAUAGGUAUCAUGGGAGAGGGUAAAUUACAGUGUUCUGGAAGUAGUGUGUUUUUGAAGAAUCAAUUUGGCAAUGGUUACAACCUUACUAUUGUAAAAGAAAGUACUCUUACUGAUUCAGAACCAAUAAUCGAUGUAAUAAUGAAGUCUUGUCCUGAAGCUAUUUUGAUUUCUAAGGUUUCCGCUGAAAUUCUCAUGUAAUUACCUUUGAAUGCUAUAAUAAUUGUGAAACGACUUUACAUAUUUACAAGUUAUGGGAUCAGCAUCACAACCCUGGAAGAAGUGUUUUUAAAGGUUGCCUAAAUUGGAGCUGGACAUAAUUAAGUGAAUGAUUAUAUGGAGUUGGAGGAUAAAAACAAAUAAGCCAUUAAAAUCGACGAUUUCGAUAUUAAUUAAAUAAGAGUGACUAAUCCGACUUUAUUGUUUUUCAAUCACACUCUUGCUUUACUUUUGAAAAGGGUUAGAUUUUUUAAGAGAGAUAUGAUGAGUUUAUGUUGUGAAAUCCUUUUACCAUGUUUGGUUGUACUUGUCGGUCUGAUCUUAAUGACUAUAAAUUUCAUCACUGAACCUGAUAUUAUUAUUUUAUCACCUCCAUCAGAAUGUUACGGGAAUGGAAUUCAAUACUUAUGGGGAGGAGUGAAUGACUAAUCUCUAUUUUCAUAGAUUGAUUUAGAAAUAUACAACUCGUCACUUCAAGUUUUUGGAGAUGAUAGUUUGAGUAAUCUCUAAAAGAUCGAUUAAAGUUACUUUGAUACUUUUGAUUUAACAUCCAAUAUUGGAUGGUAUUAUCUAACCAGCAAUUCAAAUGAUUAAUAUGAAUAUUAUAUGUUUGUGAACACUAUCUUUAGGGAAGCCCCGCUUGUUUUGCAAAACUAAAUGAAUUAAGCAAUUUUAAGAAAAGCAACCAAUAAUAAUAAUUACGAGAUCAGAGUUACAAAUUCUCCUUUGAGGAAAACCUAUGAUGAAUUGAACGAGUCAAAGGCAAUAGCUGGUUUCUUAUCUGCUCUAGUGUUUUCCAUGGGUAUGGCAUUCAUUCCAGCAUCUAUUAUAUCAUACAUUGUUAAGGAAAGAGAAAUUAACAUUAAACAUCAACAGUUGGUAUCUGGGGUUUCAGUAAAAGCAUAUUGGUUUAGCAAUUGGCUUAUGGACUUAGGAAAGCAUGUAAUUCCAGCAGUUGUGUGUUGUCUUCUAAUUUUGGCCUUUGAUAUAGCUGCCUUGAGACAAGGAGAAAACUAUGGAUUCUCAUGGUUGAUCUUCUUUUUAUAUGGUUGGGCAAUCAUCCCCUUUUGUUAUUUCUUUAGUUUCGCCUUCAAAUAACAGGGUAAUGCAAUGUUAUUGAACUUUUUCAUUCAUUUAUUGGUUGGAUCAAUUGUCAGUUUGAUAAUUUACAUUUUGAGAUUGAUAGAAUCUACAAGAGAUGUAGCCACUGUUUUAUAAUGGAUAUUCAGAUUGAUUCCAUCCUUCUCAUUUGCAUAUGGAAUAUUAAAUGCAUGUUCAAAAGAUACUUAUAUGAUAAUUGAAGGAUGGAGUGAAAUGAAAAGUACUUAUGAUAUGGCAGUAAGUGGUGCAGAUAUACUAAUGCUUGUAGUGAUGGGAGUAGUUUAUACAAUAAGCAUAUUCAUUGUUGAGUAUUUUGAGGAUAAUGGAUAGCUGUAGAAAUUGGGAUCAAGCGAAGCCAGUAUCCCUUACAUUCCCAAACCUAUUGACGAUGAUGUUGCUAAAGAAAAACAAUUAUGUGAAACAUUUAAGCCUGAAGAGAAAGCCAUUCUUGUUAAAGAGUUGAGAAAAGUAUUCAUGUUGGGCGAAGGUAAGCAUAAGGUGGCUGUUGAUUAGGUCAGUUUUGCUAUUGAUUAAGGAGAGGUCUUUGGUUUAUUGGGAGUCAAUGGAGCUGGGAAAACUACUACUUUUAAGAUAUUGUCAGGAGAGUUAAAACCUACAAGUGGAGAAGCAUUUAUUGCAGGCAAGAGUGUCAUUACUGAUCUUGAAGCUGCGAGGGUCAAUAUUGGAUAUUGUCCUCAAUUUGAUGCCUUAUUGGAUAACCUUACUGUCAGAGAACACAUAGAACUAUUCUCGGAUAUCAAAGGAAUACCGUACUAUAAGAAAGAGGAAUUAGUUGAAAAGAAGUUGAAUGAAAUGGAUUUAAAGAGAUUCGAGAAUAUUCAAUCAGGCUAACUUUCAGGCGGCAAUAAACGAAAAUUGUCAGUUGCCAUAGCUAUGAUAGGGAACCCUCCUAUUGUCUUUUUGGAUGAACCUUCUACUGGUAUGGAUCCAGAAGCAAGAAGAUUCAUGUGGAAUGUUAUCUCAAGAAUCGCCACCCAAAGAAAACAAAGUACUAUUAUUUUAACUACUCAUUCAAUGGAAGAAGCUGAAGCAUUAUCAACUAAAAUUGCUAUCCAGGUUAGUGGUAAUCUCAGAUGUCUUGGAUCGGUUCAACAUAUCAAAAAUAAAUUUGGAAAAGGAUACGAAAUUGAAGUCAAAUUAGAAAAACCUUAAACAAAUGAAAUUCAAGAAUUAAUCCAAUAGAUGCAAUUGUAAGGCAGUACGAGAUUAGACUAAAGCAUGACUUUUGAGAUAUUGAAAAAAAUCAAUUAAAAUCAUUUAGAAUAAGAAAUCACAAUGAAAGGAUCAGGAUCACAUAUUUAUAAUGAUCUCAGAAAACCUAAUCUAUUGGCAAUUGAAACACUUGCAGAAUAUAUUAUAGUGGAGAAAAUGGGUGAUCUAUUGUAGAAAUUUAUUCAGUAAAGCUUUGGAUAAUUUGAAAUCAUUGAGCAUUUCCAAACUUUCUAUAGGUUUAGACUACUUGGAUAAAUUACUGUUAGCAAACUUUUUGAAGGAUUCGAACAAAAUAAAAAACAAUAUAGAAUUUCUUAGUACUCCAUAAAAUAAGCAUCAAUCGAAUAGAUUUUCAAUACAUUUGCACUUUAGGAUUCUCAACAACAACAAGUCGAUGGAAACGUUUAAGGAAAUCAAAUUGCAGUUUAGAUUUAAUAAGAUUCUUGA